AUAUAAACCACACCCCUUAGCUACCCACCACUCAACACAUUUCAUAGCCAUUCAAUUUUCCCCCUAUUCCACCUAUAUAAUUACAUACAUUAUACACACACACAUACAUCUACAUAUAUAGAUAUAUUACACACGUAAAAAAAAAAAGGGUGACAUUAGUACGUGUGUGUGUGAUCAAGAAAGUAAAAAGUUUUAUACUACAAAUAUAUAGAGAGAGAGAAAUGGAAAACGGGCAUGCAAAUGGAGUGGCAAGUGAGUUGUGCAUUAACAAGGAUCCAUUGAACUGGGGAGUGGCAGCAGAGGCGUUGACCGGGAGUCAUCUUGAUGAGGUCAAAAGAAUGGUGGCUGAAUUUAGAAAGCCAUUGGUUAAGUUGGGUGGUGAGACACUGACCGUGUCUCAAGUGGCCGGGAUCGCGGCUGCCGGUGACAGCUCUGUUGUGAAAGUGGAGCUGUCUGAGUCAGCCAGGGCUGGAGUGAAGGCGAGUAGUGAUUGGGUGAUGGAGAGCAUGAAUAAAGGGACUGAUAGUUAUGGUGUUACUACUGGUUUUGGUGCCACUUCUCACCGCAGGACCAAGAAUGGUGGAGCUCUUCAAAAGGAACUCAUCAGGUUUUUAAAUGCUGGAAUCUUUGGCAACGGCACCGAAUCAAGCCACACACUUCCACACUCAGCAACAAGAGCUGCCAUGCUAGUGAGAAUCAACACCCUUCUCCAGGGUUACUCUGGCAUCCGUUUCGAGAUUUUGGAAGCCAUAACCAAGUUCCUCAACACCAAUGUCACCCCUUGCUUGCCUCUUCGUGGGACCAUUACUGCUUCCGGAGAUCUUGUCCCAUUGUCCUACAUUGCCGGACUACUUACCGGCCGCCCCAAUUCCAAAGCCGUUGGUCCCAACGGUGAAAUCCUCAAUGCUGAAAAGGCCUUCAAGUUAGCCGGUGUGGAAGGUGGGUUCUUUGAGCUACAGCCCAAGGAAGGUCUAGCACUUGUUAAUGGUACUGCAGUAGGAUCCGGCAUGGCGUCCAUGGUCCUUUUCGAGGCAAAUGUGCUCGCAUUGUUAUCAGAAGUCUUGUCUGCCAUCUUUGCAGAGGUUAUGCAGGGGAAGCCCGAGUUUACUGACCACUUGACACACAAACUGAAGCAUCAUCCAGGCCAGAUUGAGGCUGCAGCUAUCAUGGAGUACAUUUUAGAUGGAAGUGAUUAUGUUAAGGCUGCACAAAAGGUUCAUGAAAUGGACCCUUUGCAGAAGCCAAAACAGGACCGUUAUGCUCUAAGAACCUCACCUCAAUGGCUCGGUCCACUAAUUGAAGUUAUCCGAUCAUCAACCAAAAUGAUCGAGAGAGAGAUCAACUCAGUAAAUGACAACCCCUUGAUUGAUGUCUCAAGAAACAAGGCCUUACAUGGUGGUAACUUCCAAGGAACACCAAUCGGUGUCUCCAUGGAUAACACACGUCUGGCUAUUGCUGCAAUAGGAAAACUCAUGUUUGCUCAAUUCUCUGAGCUUGUAAAUGACUUUUACAACAACGGGUUACCUUCAAAUCUUUCUGGAGGAAGAAAUCCGAGCUUGGAUUAUGGUUUCAAGGGAGGUGAAAUCGCUAUGGCUUCUUACUGUUCCGAACUUCAAUUUCUUGCCAACCCGGUGACUAACCAUGUACAAAGUGCUGAACAACACAACCAAGAUGUUAACUCUUUGGGAUUGAUUUCAGCAAGGAAAACAGCUGAAGCAGUUGAAAUCUUAAAGCUCAUGUCUUCUACGUACUUGGUAGCUUUAUGCCAAUCCGUUGACUUAAGGCAUUUAGAAGAAAACAUGAAGUCAACUGUAAAGAACGCUGUGAGCCAAGUGGCCAAAAAGGUCCUAACCACAGGUGUCAACGGUGAGCUCCACCCAUCAAGAUUCUGCGAAAAGGACUUGCUUCGAGUAGUUGACAGAGAGUAUGUUUUUGCAUAUAUCGACGACCCUUGCCUAGCCACAUAUCCGUUGAUGCAAAAGCUUAGACAAGUCCUUGUCGACCACGCUUUAAACAAUGGUGAAAGCGAGAAGAACACAAGCACUUCAAUCUUCCAAAAGAUUGGUGCUUUUGAAGACGAACUUAAAGCCAUUUUGCCUAAAGAAGUCGAGAGUGUAAGAGUGGCAUAUGAAGACGAUACAUUGGCAAUCCCAAACAGGAUUAAAGCUUGCCGAUCAUACCCACUAUAUAGGUUUGUUAGGGAGGAGCUUGGAGCCGGGUUCUUGACAGGUGAGAAAGUGACUUCACCUGGUGAGGAAUUUGAUAAGGUGUUUACAGCAAUGUGUCAAGGCCAAAUUAUUGAUCCAUUGUUGGAGUGUGUUCAAGGCUGGGAUGGUGUUCCUCUUCCAAUCUCUUAGAACAACCUAAGUUUGUAAUUGUUUGUCAUGUCUAAAGUUUUUUUCUUUCUUUUUUUGUUUUUUUGUUUAUCAUUUUUAAAUUCAUUCAUAAUUAUUGGUUAAGUUGGAAUUUAAGGUUCACAUUUGUAUCUGAAAUUUAUCAAGUGGUAAAAAGGUUUUAUUAUGUA